AUGGACACCGGAGGGAGGCUUAUUGCUGGCUCUCACAAUAGAAAUGAGUUCAUUCUCAUCAAUGCUGAUGAAAUUGGAAGGAUCAAGUCUGUUCAAGAACUGAGUGGACAAAUAUGCCAAAUUUGUGGGGACGAAGUGGAGAUAACUAUAAAUGGGGAGCCCUUUGUUGCGUGCAACGAAUGUGGUUUCCCGGUUUGCAGGACUUGCUAUGAGUAUGAGAGAAGAGAGGGAUACCAGGCUUGUCCUCAGUGCAAAACCCGAUACAAGCGCAUCAAAGGUAGCCCUAGAGUCGAGGGUGAUGAGGAAGAGGAUGACAUUGAUGAUUUGGAAGAUGAGUUUGAUUAUGAGGAUAUUGAGGCUUUGGGCCUUACACAAAGUGCAGGGGUGAUUCCCAUUGUACGUGAUUGUCAUGUUGGUUCAUCUGGAUCAGCCCCAGGCUCAAGACAUGAUUUUUAUUCCCAGGGUCUUGAAAUCCCUCUGUUGACAUAUGGUGAGGAGGACAAUCAGAUUUCUUCUGAUCAACAUGUUAUCAUAGUACCACCGUCUUCCAGUCAUGGCAAUGGGAUUCAUCCAUCUCCUUCUGGGACUUCAGCGCCUUUACAAUCAAGGCCUCUGGUUGCCGACAAAGAUAUUGCUCAAUAUGGAUAUGGAAGUGUUGCAUGGAAGGAUCGAAUGGAGGAGUGGAAGAAGAGGCAAAGUGGAAAACUUCAGGUGGUCAAGCAUCAAGGAGAUAAUGCUGGUGAAGACUUGGAUGGGAAUGAAUUGGAUGCAGACUUGCCUAUGAUGGAUGAAGGAAGACAGCCGCUGUCGAGGAAAUUGCCCAUUGCUUCGAGCAAGAUAAGUCCAUACAGAUUGAUAAUUAUCCUCCGCCUUGUGGUUCUUGGCUUCUUUUUCCACUAUAGGGUUCUCCAUCCAGUUCAUGACGCAUUUGGCUUGUGGCUGACAUCAGUUAUUUGUGAAAUAUGGUUUGCUGUUUCGUGGAUACUUGAUCAGUUUCCAAAAUGGUAUCCAAUUGAGCGAGAAACGUACCUUGAUCGGUUGUCGCUUAGGUACGAGAAAGAAGGAAGGCCAUCGGAGUUAGCUGACAUGGACGUUUUUGUCAGCACAGUUGAUCCCAUGAAAGAACCUCCAUUGAUUACUGCAAACACGGUUCUUUCCAUCCUUGCAGUGGAUUAUCCGGUUGAAAAAGUUGCGUGCUAUGUGUCAGAUGAUGGUGCAGCCAUGCUUACUUUUGAAGCACUUUCGGAGACAUCUGAAUUUGCUCGGAAAUGGGUUCCCUUCUGCAAGAAGUUCGAUAUCGAACCACGGGCACCAGAAUGGUAUUUUUCUGAGAAGAUGGACUAUCUGAAAAACAAAGUCCAUACAGCAUUUGUGAGGGAAAGGCGUGCAAUGAAGAGAGAAUAUGAAGAGUUCAAAGUUAGGAUCAAUCGUCUGGUGGCAACGGCACAAAAGGUUCCUGAGGAAGGUUGGACAAUGCAGGACGGAACACCUUGGCCAGGAAACAAUGUUCGUGACCAUCCUGGAAUGAUCCAGGUAUUCCUUGGUCAUGAUGGUGUUCAUGAUGUUGAAGGAAAUGAAUUGCCUCGUCUGGUUUAUGUUUCCCGUGAAAAAAGACCUGGUUUUGAUCACCACAAAAAGGCUGGAGCCAUGAAUGCACUGGUGCGGGUUUCGGCAGUUCUAUCAAAUGCUCCUUUCCUUCUGAAUGUUGACUGUGAUCACUACAUAAAUAACAGCAAGGCACUGAGGGAAGCUAUGUGUUUUAUGAUGGAUCCCACUUCAGGAAAGAGAGUCUGCUACGUGCAAUUUCCUCAAAGAUUCGACGGGAUUGAUUGUCAUGAUAGAUACUCAAAUCGAAAUGUUGUGUUCUUUGAUAUCAAUAUGAAGGGUUUGGAUGGUUUACAAGGACCAAUCUAUGUUGGAACAGGGUGCAUCUUUAGACGGCAAGCUCUUUAUGGAUAUGAUGCUCCUGUCAAGAAGAAGCCGCCUAGCAAGACCUGUAACUGCUUGCCAAAGUGGUUCUGUUCAUGUUGUGGGUCUAGAAAGACCAAGAAGGGAAAAACAAAGAAAGACAAGAAGAAAAAACUAAAGCACAGAGAAGCAUCAAAGCAGAUAUAUGCACUCGAAACCAUUGAAGAAGGAAUUGAAGAGACGAACUCUGGAAACCCAUCUCGUGUCCCCCAAGAAAAACUCGAGAAGAGGUUCGGCCAAUCACCUGCAUUCGUGGCAUCGACUCUACAAGACAAUGGUGGUGUUCCUAAGGACGCUAGCUCCGCAACAUUUCUGAAAGAGGCCAUUCAUGUCAUCAGCUGUGGUUAUGAAGAUAAGAGUGAAUGGGGAAAGGAGGUUGGAUGGAUAUAUGGCUCUGUUACGGAAGAUAUCUUGACGGGAUUCAAGAUGCAUUGCCAUGGCUGGCGGUCAGUGUACUGCAUCCCUAAAAGGCCGGCAUUCAAAGGUUCGGCUCCCAUCAACCUCUCGGAUCGGCUUCACCAGGUUCUUAGAUGGGCUCUUGGAUCAGUCGAGAUAUUUUUUAGCAAACACUGUCCCAUCUGGUACGGAUAUGGAGCCAUCUGCCUUCUUACAGGGAAAUUUAUUGUGCCCGAGAUAAGUAAUUAUGCCAGUAUAAUAUUCAUUGCCCUAUUCAUCUCCAUUGCUGCAACGGGUAUCCUUGAGAUGCAAUGGGGUGGUGUUGGAAUCGAUGACUGGUGGAGAAACGAACAGUUUUGGGUUAUUGGAGGAGUUUCCUCACAUCUUUUUGCUCUCUUCCAAGGAUUACUCAAGGUUUUGGCUGGUGUCAACACAAAUUUCACAGUCACCUCAAAAGGAGGAGACGAUGGAGAAUUUUCCGAGCUCUAUAUCUUCAAAUGGACAUCGCUGUUAAUUCCACCUACAACAUUGUUGAUCAUAAAUAUUGUUGGGGUUGUGGUGGGAGUUGCAGAUGCCAUCAAUAAUGGUUAUGAUUCUUGGGGUCCAUUGUUCGGUAAACUUUUAUUUGCCUUGUGGGUUAUUCUUCACCUCUAUCCUUUCCUCAAGGGAUUGAUCGGGAAACAAGAGAAAAUUCCCACAGUAAUUAUAAUCUGGUCGAUUCUGCUGGCUUCAAUAUUGACCUUGUUGUGGGUACGAAUCAACCCGUUUGUUUCACGAGAUGGACCAAUACUGGAAAUCUGUGGACUCAACUGCGACGACUGA